AUGUCAAAUACUUCCGAUACCGAUCUUCUCAAUGCGGCAUUCACGGCCAUAAUGAAAGGCCAAAUUUUUAUAUCAGAAAAGGAGUUUCAAGAAAGACAAGCCCGUAAUGAAAAUGACGGUUUCACUUACAAACGAAUCGAUGUACACUCAUUUCAUCAGUUUAAUCUUAUUGGCAGUAAUGCGAACGCCUUUACUGAAGAAAAUAAUCAAUAUCCUUCGUUUGUGAGAUCUUUUGAUCCUGGACAAAUGUUUAUACAAAAUAUCGAUGGUAAAACCAUCACAAUUAAUUGCAACUUAAAUGAUACCAUCAAAGUUGUGAAAACGAAUAUUCAAGAUAUAGAAGGUAUUCUACCGGAACGUCAAAGACUUAUCUUUAAUGGUAUUGAAUUAGAUGAUGGGAAUGCACUCUGUGACUACCAUGGAAUGAGAUAUGAGUCAGUGUUACAUUUAGCUCUUCAAGAUCGUGAUGUAAUUAGUUACUUUAGCUCUGAUUCUUUGGACCCACAAUGGAAUUAUGACUUUACAAAUGUUAAUGAUAACGGAGCGACACAUAUGCGUGGAGGUAUUCUGUAUAAAAGGCCCUGUGGAUGGAGACGCUUUGCUUUGAAGGUUACUAAUAGAUAUGAUAAUGGUGAUAAUAAAUGGCUCGGCACUGAUAAUAUGGCCUGGCCAGUGUCUUAUCAUGGGACUAGUGAACAUAAUGGGAAGUCAAUCGCAGAUGAUGGAUUUUUAUUAAGCAAAGGAAAUAAAUUUGAUUUUCGACAUGGAAUUUAUUCAACGCCUGAUGUGAAUUUAGCAGAAAAGUACGCUCAUGAAUUUGAUUAUGAGGGUGUGAAAUAUUUUACUAUUAUUCAGAAUCGAGUGAAUCCUGCGAAUUUGCAGAAAAUUCCGAAACAAACGGAGGAUGAAGAAUAUUGGGUUUCUAUGAAUGGUGAUGAUGUUAGACCAUAUGGAAUUUAUUACCAUGUAGACGUUACUUUAACAAAUACAAGAGUGACUCUUCUUUCACAUAGUGAUCUUUGUUAUGUUCAUAUUGCACAAAAAUUCUUUUCAGGGCUGCCUAAAGCUAUGAUCAAAGGAAUCUUGAGAAUUGAAAUGCCUUAUAAUAUCGUAAAACCGCACUUAGAUUUAAAAAUGCAAAUGUCUAAUGCGGUUAAUGGUGCAAAUGUCACAUAUUCUAUGCAUCAUGGGACCUAUUCUUCAUGCGAUGUAAUGAAUAUUUUAACCAACUUAGCACCAAACUGUUCCUCUAACUGUGGCGUAUGUGGUAUUCUGAGAGAAGGCAACAAAAUGAGGCAUUCCAGAUCAGGUCCUGGUAGAAUGUGGUUCGCCAGUGAUCCAUGUACUUCAUUAGGCUAUUGCAGAAAUCAGAGUAUUAAAGUUAUGUUUUGUGUCGAUAUAUUAUAUAAUACCUUUAAUGAUAUUAUAAUAAUUGAAUCAGAUGCG